CCUGUUUGGAGUUUCAACUCAACACCACGUCUCAUCUUUUUCACAACACAAAGAACAAACAUAACAACUUGCUCUCACUAAUCUCAUCAAAUAAUCCAUUCCCGUGAUAUGCUCAACCCAUAAUUGUCUCACCCCAUCGGCCCGGCCCGCGAUCUAUCUCAAGUCUCAUCCAACCUCACUCAUCUCAUUCCUCGCGAUGCUCUCAUCAUUCACUACCAAGCUCGCCCUCAAAAAAGCAGGUAUACCAAGCGAUGUCUUCGAAUUUUCAGAAAAGAAGCGCGAACCAAACAAACUCCGCAAAAACCCACCAGCAGAUCUCGAUAAUGAAACUGAUUCAGGCUGGACGUCUUGGAUGUCAAUCCGUUCUCUUCCGCUUACUGUUCAGCCGUGGUUGACGCCUCCACCUGCUGCUGUUGCUAAGGGUAGACUCCCGGGGAUAGGAGAUAAAGCGCCGGUUGAUAAGACGGGGAAGUUGAGGGUUGGUGGGGGGAAAAGAGUUUUGCUCGUGUUUUUACGGUGUGUUGGUUGUGCUUUUGCUCAAAAGACAUUCAUUAAUCUUCGUACAAUGGCGAACCGGUAUGGAGAUGCAUUAACAUGCAUAGCCGUAUCCCACGCCUCUGAGCAAGCAACUCAAAAGUGGGUAUCCCUCCUCGGCGGCGCAUGGAGCGUUCGCGUUAUAGUUGAUGAGGAGAGAGCUAUUUAUGCAGCAUGGGGUUUAGGAACAAGUAGUAUGUGGUAUGUGCUCAAUCCAACGACGCAAGUGCAGGGAUGGAAGGAGUCGGGAUGGUUGGGAGAGAAGGUAGCUGGAGCGAUACAGAGGAAGGAGAUGAAUGAGAAGAAACCAAUGAAAACUAACAGUAUGGACGAUGAGGAAGACGAUGGGCCUUUGACGACAAUGGGGAAUAAGUGGCAGGAAGCUGGAGCUUUUGCUAUUGAUGGGACUGGGACGGUGAUUUGGGGUGGGAAAGCAGCGAGGGCAGAUGAUGUUAUGGAGUUGGAAGAUGGAGCGAGGAUCUUGUUAGCCUGAUAUGAAGGAACAUGGAUAUCUUGGAAGAAAUGUUAAACGAAUUUACUUCAAGCGCCAAUGUGUCUUAUCAACGGACACGCACAACAAGCUGCCCUGAUACCUCCUCCUUCUCCCAUUCUCUCCCAGCCCAGCUCUCCAGCAACAUAUCAAUACCCAUAUGUUGAUGUACAUUGGCCUGAUCGCUGACAUUAAUGAAGCAUUUGCUAUACAGAAAGUUCCAGUCCAGCCGACCCCUCCAAAGUAUCCUCAACCAGGUCAAUCCUUCCUGGGAAGGGUUUCCACCAUGGAAGGUUUGGCCAGUGGACGGAAUCACUCUCAUCGACUCAACGACUGCGCCGCUGGGGUGAAACAGUCUGGCCCCUAGCCACAUCUCUCCAGCCGGAUCAACCUCGAUGGGCGAAAGGAGAUGAUCAAGACGAACUUGUCCUACCGACUCCCUCGAGCCAUCGGAGUAGGCAAAGAUGAGACCGACAAUCCCCGUAGAUCCUGGGAUCCAAGUUCUGCAGGGCACGACUUCAGUCACAGCUCCAAGUCUAACCGAUUUAUUGAAGACCUGCUCGACACUCAUCCUUGAGAACCAUGUAGAUGGGUCGUGGAAAGAUGGGGGGGCUUCAUUCUUGUCGUGGCGUUUGUCCUCACAAUCGAAUGCAAGACAGUCGACGCCGUCUCCCUGAGAACUGAGCCAGAGACGAGAAGGUUGUGCGGUUAAUAAGGCCACACGUUCGAAGAUGGCAUCCGGUUGGGCCAUAUUGGCGUUUGCUCCUAGAAAGAAGACGCGUCCCUUGUUCGUUCGCAGC